CCGCCGCGGGGCCCCGGCAGACGCUUCUGGGGGUGGCUGAACGCCGUCUUCAACAAAGUGGACUACGAACGUAUACAAGCCGUUGGCCCUGACAGGGCAGCUUCAGAAUGGCUGUUGCGAUGUGGCGCCCUGGUGCGCUAUCAAGGCUAUCAGAAAUGGCAGCAGGACUACAACGGCCUCCCAACGGGGCCCCUGGGGAAGUACAAGAUAGAAGCAAUUAAUGCCACUGACUCUUGCAUCAUGUACAGAGGAUUUGACUAUCUGGAUGGUCUUGAACAUGUUACAGAAAUUAAGCUGCAGAAGUGUAUUUACAUACAGGACGAGUGUCUGCAGAGGCUCAGCGAGACGAAGAAUCUACAGAAGAGUCUCCUCCAGCUGAAGAUAAUUUCCUGUGGGAAUGUCACAGAUAAAGGCAUCAUUGCACUGCACAAGCUGAUGAACCUUGAAUAUUUGUAUCUGAGUGACCUUCCUGGAAUAAGAGAGAAAGAAACUACUGUUCACGUCCUUCAGCAGGCACUGCCAAACCUGGAGCUGGAGCUGGAUUUAGAAUAAACACAAUUGCACGUAACAGAUGUAUUUGAUUUCAUAGUAUUUAUCCUAUGUUGCAUAGGUUAAGUUGUAGACGCUACUGUAUUUCCAGGUAUGGAAAUAAGCCCAGAUCUCCCGAUCCAGCCUCAAAAGCUGUAUGCAAGCUUUUAUGCAAUUAAGUCUUAUUAAGCUUAAACUAUACGGUGAAUCAACCGCAGAGAAGGUAGCCUUCUGUGCAUGGUCAUUUUUUUCCUGUUUUUAUAGGAAGCUGUCAAUACAUCAAUUAGAAGUUUUCAAAUACUUUAUGGCACAGCAAUUCUUGUGCAAAAUGACGGUGGGAAGAACGUCAGUGUUGCGAAACAGCAGCGCUGUACGCUUUUCUUGCAUGAUGUCCGUGCUGUGGGAGUGAAUGGGAGCUGUUUAUUCUCUGAGAAUCUCGCCCAGUCAGUGGGUGAUGAUUUAAUAAAAUAGCUUAUGGGCCUGUUUUCUGUUCUUCA